AUGCAUGAACAGUCGUCAAAAACAUUACUGUGUGUUUUCGGCAACGAAGCUCCACAUCAGUCGACAAUUUUCCGUUGGAAUGGGGAAAUCAAACGUGGACGGAGGGUGGGUGCACCAAAAACGGCAGUCACCCAGGAAAACGUCGAUGCUGUGCGCAAACUCAUCAUUAAAGAUAGACAUGUGACAUAUCAUGAGAUAGAGGCGUCCUUGAAGAUCUCAAAGAGCGCAAUUCAAAAAAUUUCACAUGAAGAAUUAGGAGUAAGAAAAUUAAUUUCUAGUUGGAUACCCGACCUGUUGACUGAAGAGCAGAAAGCAGCCAGGGUUAAUUGGUGUCAAAAAACGCUUGACCGUCUCAAUUCCGGAAACUCAAAAAAUGUGUACAGCAUUGUUAGUGGUGAUGAAUCGUGGAUUUACUGUGAAGAAAAGCCAACAGAAACAUUUGUGUCAAAAGCGGGUCAUAUUGCAACAAUUCCUCUUAAUGAGCAAAGAACUGUUACUGCGGAUUGGUAUACCACCAUUUGUUUGCCAAAAGUCAUCACCGAGCUUCGAAAAAUCAACCCCGAAAGAAGAAUGAUCCUCCACCAAGACAAUGCAAACUCGCACACAGCCCAAAAAACAAGGCAGUAUUUAACGGAAGAAAACGUGGAAUUAUUGGACCAUUCUCCAUAUAGUCCCGAUCUAAGUCCUAACGAUUUCUUUACUUUCCCGGAAAUUAAAAACAGACUGGGUGAUCAAAGGUUCCAGUCACCAGAAGAAGCAGUUGACGCAUUCAAAAAUGCCGUUUUGGAUCUGCCAGCAAACGAGUGGAAUAAGUGCUUCGAAAAUAGGUUCGAGUGCAUGCAGAUGUGUAUUGAUCUUCGUGGAGAGUACUUCGAAAAACAAUAA